AUAUGAAAUAUUAUCAACCUAUAGUACAUCUGAUAGUGAGAAUAAAAUUAUUAAUAUUUGUAAAGGAUAUAUUAUUGAUCUAAAAAUCCUUCUAGCAAAAGCGAAGGUUGAAGAUAAAGAAAUAGAAAUUUUUGAUAAAAUUAUUUUUUGGAUGCACAAUUUAUUUGAAAAGAUAUCUAAUGAAGAUAGGAACAAUAUAUUUGUUAGAUUACAUAAUGAAUUUUCUAAAUUAGAUUAUUCUUAUACAAUUGUGAUUAACUUCUUAACAAAGUAUUUUUAA